UGGCACUUCCAACGGACCAGUAGAUGAGAUAUCUUCGGGUGUGAGUACAUGUAAGAGCAAAAAGAAGACUGAGAUGUUUUCUGUGCAGUGCCAGGUUCCAUAUAACCUUGUUAAACGCAAGCAUGCAGCUGUCCAAGAAAAUCCCAAAAUGUGUACUAGAGAAGUACAGACUGAUGUGGUUCUUUCGGUACCAGAAGCAGACAGGCAUGAUAUGGACUCUACAUUACACAGUAGUAUGUACUCCUACAAAUCGAAGGAAGACCCAGAAUGGCUGCCACUGGAUGACAGUACUUUAAGUGAGCAAAGUUUUCAGCAAGAACAUGUAAAUGAAGCUAAGGAGAGAAAAUUCAUUGUGUUUGAAACAGAAUUAGAUAAGUUGUUCAGGCUUUGUAGGAAAUGUAAUAGAGAAUUGAUCAUGGAAAAAUAUGUCAGUGGUACUUUUGUAAAAGUCACAACAACGUGUUCCACUUGUGUUGAAAAUGAGGAGUGGUCAAGUCAGCCAAUGUCUGGUAGCAUGGCAUUUGGGAAUUUAAUUCUAGGUGCCGCAAUUCUGUUCUCGGGACUGAGCCCAGGUAAGGCCCUUAAAAUGAUGGCCUUUGCUGGAAUACAGACUUUUUGUGAACGCGCAUUCAGUGUAUAUCAGAGGAUUUACUAUGUGCCGAGUGUAAUGUCAGUAUGGACCUCACACCAAGCUCGUUUGGCUGACACAGUUAGUAAAGCUGGUAGAACAGUUAAACUAGGUGGUGAUGCACGGUGUGAUUCACCUGGACAUACAGCAAAAUAUGGGUCAUAUAGUGUUAUGGACUUAGAAAAAAACAAGAUACUGGACUGUCAGUUAGUGCAGAGUAACGAAGUGAAGAACUCGCACUGGAUGGAGUUAGAGGGAUUAAAGCGUUGUUUACGUUAUAUGUCAGAUGUGGGUAUCCGUGUGUCUCACCUUGUUACAGAUAGGCAUGUGCAAGUGAAAAAGUACAUGAGGGAGGAACAGCCAACAAUUACACAUUGGUUUGAUGUGUGGCAUGUCGCAAAAGGAAUUUUCAAGAAGCUACAAGCUGUGGGGAAAAAGAAAGGCUGCGAGAAAGUUCAGCAAUGGGCCCGCUCCAUAAGUAACCACUUAUACUGGUGUGCUGCUUCAAGUGAUGGUGAUGAGCAACUCCUAACAGACAAGUGGUUGUCCAUACUAAAUCAUAUACAAAAUAUCCAUACUGGUCAUGGGGAAAGAUUUCCAGAGUGUUUACAUGAUAUCCUAGAAGACAGGCUUUGGAUGAAAAAAGGUUACAGACCGUAUCAGGAGACAUCAAAAAUAGUUGCCAGUAAGCACUUGUUGAAAGAUAUAGGCAAACUGUCACCCGCUGAGCAGACAUCAUCUUUAGAGGCGUUCCAUAAAGUUGUCUGUCAAUUUGCUCCCAAGUUUGUCCAUUACGACCAUCCACAGAUGGAAGCAAGGUUGUGCAUUGCCUCCCUACAUUUCAAUGAAAAUGCCAACCGAGCACAAGCAACAAAGAAAGAUGGAUCACUGCAGUUUUCGGUAUCAUAUCCUAGAGGUCGGGACACAGGUGUUGCUAAAGAGGUCAAGGUUGAAAUGACUUAUGAUUAUGUAGAUGAACUGAUGGCAGAAGUUCUGUUCUGCAGGGAAACCACAGAGACCCACAGUGUUGCACUAGAGCGUCGACUACAAGAUGAAACUUCAUGGCCCAGUGCAGGUGACGGAAGUAGGGUUUGCCCAGUUCCAUUAGCACAGAGCACCCCGUACAAGCAAUCAAAGACUGAGUUAAUUCAAAACAGGAUAUCUAGGUUUAAUCAUUAGCUAUGUUUAAUGCAUAGUGCAUACAGCUGAAAACAGACGUCAUUUGCCUGCUGUCGCAUUCUGGAGGAACUUACUUACAGUAGGAACUGUUAACUACCGGACUGUAUUUCUGUAGUGUAACCAUUUCACAGUUGUAAAUGAAAAUAUUGUCAUAUAAUAUUGUCACAUAAAAUGUGUAGAUCAUUGAUCAUAUUUUUCAUAUAUUUCCCUCUGAUUUAUGAGCUCUGCCAGUUUUCAUUAGAUGCAAUGUCAUAGGAAAUAUUACAAGUGUCCACAUUUUGUAUGGACAUACUUAUGUCAAGGUUAGAAAUUCAUGUUGCUCUUGUGUAAAUGAAAACACCAGAUAAUGUACAAAAUAUCAUGCUUUACAAAGAUUUGUUUUCCUUUCCAUAUGCCAGUUUUACCAAUACUGUGUUUUCCUAUAAAUGAUGCGGUGUUUAUCAAUCAUGCAGAAUUACAAUGACUAGACUAAACAAAAAUACUUGUUUUUGGUAUCUAUUGCAUAUAUAAUCACUAUUUUCGAUUAGACUUUCUUACAUUUACAACAGUCUUGCUUAUUUUUGUGACAGGUUUUAAAGAUAGUUGAUUGCACUGCCUAGUAGCAGUAUGUCUGUAACAUCAGUCUAAAUUUAAGUAGUAUGAUAUGAUUCUUGUUGUUGGAAAAGUCCAAAGCAAUACAUUUAGGAACCAUUUACUGUAAAUAUUUUUCUCUAGUUUAAAUUUUCAUCUUUAUGUAUGUUUGAAUCAUUUAUUCUUAUAUGAAUACUUUUGAACAUGCCCUGUUGGUCACCUGUAUUAAGCAGUCAUUUGACUCAAGUAGCCUAUUGACAAACUGCCUGACAUUUAGCUUUAAAACUUCUAUCGCAAGCAAAAACCAGGUCAAUAUGUCUACGGUCACACAUAGCAGCCAAAGUUCAAAUUCAGGAAUGACUUUGUCCGGAAAAUUUCUGAGGGAUUUUGAUGUUACUUGGCACAAAUGUUCACAACAAUGACGCAACCAUGUUGUCAAACUUUCUAAUUUUGUUUUACUAUAAAUAGCUUAUAUUGUAACUUUUAUUACUGACUGUAGCGAAAAAUCAAUACCACUUUCCUGUGUUGCAGCAUGCAUGUUAAAAUGUUUAGCUGUAUUUUGGACUUUUGUUCUUUAGAAUAAUUUUUUGUCGAGCCCGCUUGCGGAAGCGAAGACAUAGUUGUUCAAAUGGCUGUUCGGUGUAUGUGCUUGCGUCCGUCCGGACCAUAACUUUGACAUGCAUGGAGCAAUCUUGUUUAUUUUUGGCAUGAAUGUUAACCUCAGUGAGACGGAGUGUUGCACAAACCGCAGGUUCCUAUCCUUCAGGUCAAGGUCACACUUAGAGGUCAAAGGUUAAAUUCAAUAAUGACUUUGUCCGGAGCAUUUCUUCUUCAUGCAUGGAGGGAUUUUGUUGUAACUUGGCAAAAAUGUUCACAACCAUGUGACUGAGUGUCAUGCACAAUACCCUGCACCCUAGGUCAAAGGUCAAGGUCACACUUAGAGGUCAAAGGUCAGAUACAAGAAUGACUGUCCGAAGCAUUUCUUUUUCAUGCAUGGAGGAAUUUUGGUGUGACUUGGCACAAUUAUUCAGUCAUGAGAUGGAGUGUCAUGUGCAACAGGCUAGAAUUACUUCCCUUUGUUGUUAUUAUAAAUAGCUUAUUUUGUAACUUUUUUAUUACUGGUCGUAGGGAAAAAUCAAGACCACUUUUCUGUAGUACAACAUGCAUGUUACAUCCAAUUUUGAGGUGUUUCUUUUACCUAUCUCUACUGGAAAGGAUUUUUGUGUGGCCUUAGACAGCUGGCGGGCUCGACAUGCUGCCCGUGGGCAUCUAGUUUAGGAUUUAACUUCUCUUUGUUGGUACUAUAAAUAACUUGUAUAACUUUUUACAAUUGGAUAGUGUAGGCCGGCAUAUAUUGCGACAUUCUUGUUGGACUUAAUGUAGGCUGGCAUAAACAUAACAUUCUGACACUGCAUUUGAUAAACAGUUAGAAUUUUCAUACCAGUCCAUAUUUUGCUUAAAUCUUUUAAUCAUAUGGCUUUGAAACUUUUACCACUUAUUAACCUACAUGACUAUGACAAGGACAUGAGCUCAGCUAUGGCCCUUUUUGACAUAUAAAUUAGUUAAAUUUCGCAUACCAUUCCAUAUUUUGUCUGAAAUUUUUGAUAUACUGCUAUGAAACUUCUAACACUUUACGAAAGGGUUACAUAGCUGUUAAUGUGGGUCACUAGAUUUAAGUCCCAUUUGUUUGGAUCUUCUUGAAACUUUUUUGUUUAUGUACAUAGAUAAUCAAUAUUGGCCAAACUUAAGUCCCUUGUAUAUAAUAAUGGCAUGUGUUUCAGAAUGUUAUUACCUUAUUAUCUUGUAUAUUUUAUAACAUUAUAUGUCAGACUGUGAUUUAUGGACACAUAUAUAUCUACAAUAUUGCUGUGAUUUUGAUGUAGUAAACUGUGAAAUUUUUAAAUGUGUUAUUUCUCUUUAUACUUGAUGCAGAUGU